AUGUCACAUUGGAGGGUUUUGCAAUGGAGGGCGUUUGCUAGAGAAUGGCUCAUUUAUGACUCUUUCAUGCAGUGCCCUAUGCUCUCGGCCGAAAGAAUUGCGAAGUAUUUGACGGGAAAGAAUAUCCGGUACUAUGACCCUAGUGCCGACUUUGGGAGUCAUGUUGUUGUGAUCAAUUCUAGACACAUUGCUGCAAAAGAUAAUAGUCGAUAUUGGAAACGGUUCUUAUACACUACACAUACAAGGUUCCCUGUGAAUCGUGUUGAAGAAACAAUGGAGGAAGUUCACAGGCGUGAUCCUACUGAGGUUAUUCGUUUAGAAAUUAAAGCCGUCUUACGAAAUAAUGAAUCCCGUAAAUAUCAAUUAUCUCGUCUUCAUAUAUACCCUGAUAAUAUUGAAACUAUUCCCAAGGACAUUAUUGCAAAUAUUUCAGGAGUAAUACCACAAGUUAUGAAAGUACCAAAACGUCUUGAUGAAUACUCUACUGAAGAACUUAAUGAAUUUCCUAAACUUUUUGAUUGGCCCGAAGGUUUUCAUGUUGCCCCGCUUAGUUCAAUUGCAAAGAAGCUGAAAACCAGAGGAUCAAAAUAA